GAAUGGUUGGAUCAAAUCACAACAAAAAGUUUAGAUUUUAAUUGUGGGUAAGAUGAUAGGAAGUUUCAAUGGCCAAUCAGAUGAAAAGACCCAUCUUACAUUACCUACAGAGCAAUGAAACACUAUAAUGCCUUUUCUUCUUGCUGGGAGUGAGAAUAUACUCUGAAGUUCAACAGAAAUGGGAUCUUAAAGUGUAACCAGCUCAGGGAAGAGGAAGGCAAGAGCUAAGUAUAACCCAGGGACAGGAUUGGCCUUGGGGAAAGAGAUUGAAGGUCCAGGAGAAGAGCCAGGUGCUGGCCAACUGCCUGUCUCAUUCCUGUAAGGGGAGUGGUAUCUGGAUAUGAGGUCCAGGGCAGUGAAUUGGAUUACUGGGGAAUCAGGAAAUCGGCUCCCCAUUCAGAUCUCAGUCAUGAGGGCAGAGUCCAGCUCUGGGAAAGUCAUAAAUUGAGUUCCAAGGUGCAAGACCUAGGGAAGAGGGAACUUGGGAAUCGGAACCUAGUGGGGGGAAAUAGAGAAGCGUCCAAGAGGCAGAGGCACGGGGAUCCUGCUCAUGGCCUUUCUGGUGGCAGGCUCUUUGCAGGUGGCAGUGGAAAAGGCAGAGGCUAGGAACUGCCUGGAGAGGAAGGGGAGAUAUAACAUGUCUGGGGCCCGAGUGGCCCUGACCCUUUGUGUCUUGGAAGGGCAAACUGGAGAGAAUAGGGCAGUUGCAGCUCUGGACGCUAUGUACCAAGCACUGGGCUUUGAGAACUACCUUAGAAGAGUGAUCAAGACCCAGUCUUUCCAGGAAGAACUGGCUCAUUUUCGAGAGCUGCUGGAUGCCCAUGGGAGCCCUGUCAGCUGUGCAUUGGUUGUUCUCAUGGCCCACCGUGGACGUCCAGGGUGGCUGCUGGGGCCGGAUGGGAAGGAGAUACAAGAGAAGGUGUUGGUUGGAGAACUGAACCGCUGCCAAGCCCUGUGGGGCAAAGCCAAGAUGUUUCUGUUGCUGGGCAGCAACAACAGCUUGGAAUCCAGUGCUUUUCUUCCUAUCCUGACAGACCUCUACAGGCAGUCUACCCCCUGGCACUUUUUGGAGGUGCUCACCCAGGUCAUUGGAAAGGUAACUCAAGAGAUGCCUACCAUAGGGCAUAAGUGUCCCGUCUUCCAGAGCUCCCUUCGAGGUGCACUAUACCUUGGGAGAGUAAGGUCACAGGAUCUGGAGCUCAGCCCCACUCCCGAAGGAAAAUAUGACAUGUCUGGGGCAAAGGUAGCCCUCGUCCUAUGUGUCACCCAGGAUCGUCCUGGGGCUGAACAGGAUCUUAAAGCCCUGAAGAGAUUGUUCCAAAUCCUGGGUUUUAAGAGCAUUCUAAAGAUGGAUCCUACUGCCCAGGAUUUCCGAAAGGAAUUGGCUCAGUUCCGGGAACAUCUGGAUGCCUGUGGGACCACUGUGAGCUGUGCUCUGAUAGUCCUUAUGGCCCAUGGGGAACCUCAGGGGCAGCUUCUGGGGGCUGAUGGACAGAUGGUGGGAGUGGAAGAGAUGGUGAGAGAGCUGAGCGCUUGUCAGGUCCUGCAGGGCAAGGCCAAGGUUUUUCUGCUGCAGGGUUGCCGUGGGGGUAACAGAGACCCAGGCAAGAGACCUAGAGCUUUGCCCUGGCUAGGACGAUGGCUCCAGCACUGGCUCCAGAGGCCUUCAACUCUCCCCUCUCAAGCAGACAUCCUUCAGAUUUAUGCUGACAUGCAAGAUAACUCCUCCAGGGUGUGCUUUCCUAGGAACUCAGACCAAGCGGACAUCUUGAGAGUCUAUUCAGCUGCAGAAGGCUAUGUGGCAUACCGAGAUGAGAAUGGCUCAGACUUCAUCCAGACUCUUGUAGAAGUUAUCAUAGCUGAUCCUGACCAUGACCUUUUGGAGCUUCUGACUGAAGUAAACAGGCGACUGUGUGAAAUGGAUGUGCUUGGUCUAGACAGUGAUGAAAUACGAAAGAUGAACUUGGAAAUUAGGAGCUCCCUUAGAAAACAAUUAUGUUUAAAGAUAUGAGAGCUGGAAAGCAAGACAGUGUAUCUGGACUUUCAAGGACUCUAACCCUCAGUUUUUUACUCCUCUUUUUUUGUUUUUCAGUCCCCAGUAUUUGGCACAUAGUAGAUGUCUAA